UCAAUUACUUGAAGUGCAGUUUUGCUUCUCCUCGUUUUGUUUAUAUUUGAGCUGUUCUCUUUUUCUUUUUCUUCUGUUUUUAUGGCUUUUUUUUUUGUUGCAUGCAAUUGUUCAAUUUGGUCCGUUUCAAUUUUACUUCACUUCAACUUUACUCAACUUCUGGAUUGGCGUAUGUAAUUUGCGAAUACGCUUAUCUUUAUAAGUUUUAUUUUGGAUGUGCGUUCUAAAGAUCCGAUUUUUUGUUGGGUUGAACCAUUUUUCAUAAUUAUUGCUUUCAUUCUUACAUUCUGGACUACUUUAUUUUUCUGCUAUUUUUAUUUAGAAACCUCUUUCUGAAUUUGGGGCUGCAAAGCUGAAUUAAGAAGUGUUGUUUCCAUUGAAUUCUUUCCUCUAUGCUGUUUAUUAGUUGCAUGAUCAGAAAGGCAGCUCGUGGAUUGCUCGUUUCUCGUGGGUGUUCUGUUUUUGCAGUAGUGGGCAUAUUUUUUAACUUCUUUUUUUUUAAAAAAAAAAAAAAUGCUUCCCCUGUAUUUGUGUUCUGCAUGUGAAUAGUGGGUUUUAUUUUAUGUGCUGUGCAGAAGUGUGAUGAGUUCACUUGGAUAUGCUUUUGGCGGUAGUUUCAAGUUUGAUGCACAAUUACUUUUCUUCAUUGGAUGUUAAUUUCCAAACUUCUAAUUGUAGGCCUGUAGGAACUACCAUUCAUUUCCUAUAAGCUUAAUUGUGUUUCAGUUAUUUGUUUUAUGUUAGUACAGGAUUUGGCUGUUUAAACAUAGUCAAGUGUUGAAUUAAAUUAAUACUUAUUGGUCCCUCUGUUCCUUGAAUCUAUCAUGUUAAAGUAUUAUUCUCUAAAGAUGAGAAAAAUUGAUGGUUGGAGAGUUGAUCAAUAACAAACCUGAAGCCUGGGUUUCUUGAUGGUAUAAGUGGUUUUGUUUUCAAAAAAUGUUAGGUAGUUCUGAAUUAGAGGUUUGUUGGUGAGAACUCAUAUGAUUAGGAUGUAACAUCAUAUAAAACAACAUAAUCUGUAGGGACCAUUUGACUUUAUGUAGGAGGAGGGGGUUGGUAUUUUUAUUUUUGCUGCAUUUAUUGGAAUGAUUCUGAUUGUGGUACCAUACCUGGGUAUCAUAUACUUUUUGAAUCGAAUAGCUUAGGUCACAUGUGGUAGUCCCAUUGGUCUUGAAUGUCACUGAUGUGGCAUUGAUAGCAUUCAAAGGAAAUAAAGGAUGGGCCAUGGAAUAUCAUUGGAGCUAUCACCAUACAAGUACUAGUUGUAUGACUUUAACUAUGGGCCCAUUGUUUAUUUAGUUAAUGGUUUGAUAUCUCAGUGUGUUAGCUUUAUUCAUGGUGAUGUACUUGAACAUAAAAUUGUCUUAAGUUUUUUUGUUUUUAAAUGUUUGCUUCUGAAAUUAUAGAUAUUCAGGAAAAUUCUGAUCGACACUUACCAAACAUUAUUGUUCAAGCAAUGGCUCUGUAACAUUCUUGUAAAAAAGAGAAGCUAUUCAAGGUUACAAAGUCAGUUCAUUUCUUGAAAUUGUGUACAUAGUGUAUGUGUUACUGUUGUCGAUAUUAAGAUGAUAUGAAAAUUGCUAAACACAUUCACUUUAUUUAGAUAGUUCAAUGUUAAGUAGUUCCAUUUAUCAGCAUCUGUAGCUUAUGCCUUUUUUAUGUUAAAUUUGGUGAAAUAGAAAAGAACCAAUUCAUUGUUGAAAAAUUUCCUCUUUAUAAAUGUGUAAUAAUUGAUUGUUUCUUGUAUUUCUUGUUCAUUGAAAGAAUGACAUCUGGUUGCGCUUGCGCACAAUAUAUUCUUAUCAAUAUUUUGCAGAAUAAAAAUAUUUACUAAUAUAUUCUUUUGGCAUAGAAUCAUAUGCUUUCUUUCUUUCCUUUUUUUUUUUUUAAUUUUAUUUCUGCCAUAUGAUUUCUUUCGUUUUAGUUAUUAAGUAGAAAGUUUGGAAUUUUUUACACACAUGCUAUUUCCUAACUGGUUCUCCACUACAUCAGUGGUUUUCAGUGACCAAGUUGCUUUCUCUAGGCAAGGGAGACUAUGGAGCCCAAUGGUCAUAGAAGAGUGAGAAGAAAGGAGCAUAUUGUUCACCAAAAUGGUGAUAUGAUAUCAAGUGUUGGUGAUGUAGAUCCAUGGACCGCAUGGGCGUACAAGCCUCGUACUAUUUCACUGUUACUUAUUGGUGCAUGCUUACUUAUUUGGGCAAGUGGAGCCCUGGAUCCUGAAAGUAGUGUAUCGGGUGACAUGGUUACAUCUGUCAAAAGGGGUGUAUGGGCAAUGAUUGCGGUUUUUCUUGCUUAUUGCUUGCUACAGGCCCCUUCAACUGUUCUUAUAAGGCCACAUCCAGCUAUUUGGCGUUUAGUUCAUGGAAUGGCUGUAGUCUAUCUUGUUGCUCUGACAUUUUUGCUUUUCCAGAAGCGUGAUGAUGCUCGACAGUUCAUGAAGUUUCUCCACCUUGACCUUGGAGUAGAACUUCCUGAAAGAUCAUAUGGUGCAGAUUGUCGCAUUUACAUCCCUGACAAUCCCGCAAGCAGGUUUAAGAAUCUUUAUGAUACUCUUUUUGAUGAAUUUGUUCUGGCACAUAUAUUUGGAUGGUGGGGCAAGGCUAUUUUUAUUCGUAAUCAGCCACUUCUUUGGGUAUUAUCCAUUGGAUUUGAGUUGAUGGAGUUUACUUUCCGCCAUAUGCUGCCAAACUUCAAUGAAUGCUGGUGGGACAGUAUCAUUCUUGAUAUCUUGAUAUGCAAUUGGUUUGGUAUCUGGGCAGGAAUGCAUACUGUGAGGUACUUCGAUGGAAAAACAUAUGAGUGGGUUGGCAUAAGUCGCCAGCCAAAUAUCAUGGGCAAGGUAAAACGAACACUGGGACAAUUUACGCCAGCACAGUGGGACAAAGAUGAGUGGCACCCCUUACUUGGUCCAUGGCGAUUUAUCCAAGUUCUUAGUCUUUGCAUAGUGUUCCUGACAGUGGAGCUCAACACAUUCUUUCUUAAGUUUUGUCUUUGGAUUCCUCCUCGGAACCCUGUGAUAGUAUAUAGGUUGAUCUUGUGGUGGCUGAUUGCCAUACCAACAAUCCGUGAGUACAAUUCAUAUCUCCAAGACCGGAAACCAGUGAAAAAGGUCGGGGCUUUUUGUUGGCUUUCGCUUGCUAUAUGCAUCAUUGAACUUCUCAUCUGCAUCAAGUUUGGACAUGGUCUAUACCCCAAACCAAUGCCUGUGUGGUUGGUUAUCUUCUGGUCAUCUGUUGGAGUUGCCCUUGUAAUAUUCCUGAUUUUUUGGUCAUGGCAACUGCAUCGAAGUUUGGGGAGAAAAAGGCAAUGAUUAUGCUCGUGGCACACUAUUCUUUGAUUUCUUUACUUUCUUAUGGGUAUCCAUCAAUGUUGUAAAUACCCAACCAAUUUCUUCACAGAAUUGUAAAUACUUGUUCUCUCUUUGGCUAGUGGAUCACAGUUUCUUCAUUAGAAAAUAUUCAAUUUUUUCGUGAUAGCUAUUCAGAAGUGCUUUUAACAUGCA